AUGUGGCCCUGCCAGGAUAAAGCUGUACUGCCCCAGCAUGACAAAAGCAAAGCAACUUUACCUGACUUUUACUCUUAUUCACUUGCUGUUGGGGAUGGCAGUGGGAAUGAAUAUUCCACUGCACACGAGGGUCACAUCACUGGUGUCAGAGUUUGGGAAUACUUUUGGGGAAGCUUUAUCAGCGGGAUCCAGCUGAGAUACGACAGUAACUGGACGGAAAUCGUUGGUUCAAAUUAUGGCACUCCAAUGGAGAUGGAACUCUUUGACAAAGAAUCCAUUUCUCAGGUCUCUGGAAAGUAUUACAAUGGCUACAUCUACGAGCUUAUGUUUGUCACUAAUCAGGGAUGCUCCUUUAAUGUGGGACUGCCUGCUGGAAGCUCGUUUAACUUCUACCCGACCCACAGAGAAAGUGAACUACGUUUUCUCAGUGGUCGACAGAAUGGCGGUGGUAUCACCUCCAUUGGGGCUCACUGGGCCAUGGUUCACAACUGUGUUUGAAAAAACUUAAUCAUUGCCCCAGUCAUCUUCCUUCCUUCCCAGUACAGCAAACGAUGUAGUCAAUUAUGAAAAAUGGACAGCUAACAAAAUUGUAUAAAAUAUAUAUUAAUAAAAACAUAUUAAA